AUGUCAACGGACUUGCACUUGCCUGUCAAUCUUGACGGACUUGAUUGUUUCAAUACGUCAAUCAAUACGGAUUCUCUUUCCUGUGGAAAUGCUAUCUACCUGGAAGGAAGGUUUGUUUCCCGAAGGAAGGAGAUGGAGAUUCUUUCGCUGGAGAGAUACUUUCUCAUUGGAGAGGAGAUACUUUCUCUUUUCGGGCUCGAAAUCUGUCCUGUCGAUUUCUCUGAUUUAAGGGCGCAAGCACAAUACUGCACUCUCCCUGCUUGCUCGCCCGAUCCGUCGAUCUUCUCGAGAGGAGCAGUUCAAAUCACCCUGUACGGAUCCAUUGGGAUCACCUAG